AUGCCGCCAUCAAGCUAUGCUGCUCUGCAGCCCCCAAACGAAGAGGGAGAGAAACCAGUAACCGUACUGGUCACUGGAUUUGGUCCAUUUUUAGCGAAAGUACCCAAGAACUCUUCCUGGGAUAUCGCUUCUACACUUCCAGCUCUGAUACCAAAGUCACCCAAAAACCAAACUCCGAUCAACAUACACGUUCACCAUGAGCCCAUCCGCGUAGCAUAUAACACUGUCGUCAAUCUCGUUCCCCAGCUUCUUCCACCGGCCAAUCCUCUCUAUCCCUCCCCAGAUAUUGUGCUGCACAUCGGUCUAGCAGCCGGACGAAACUACUUCGCCAUCGAGCAAGGAUCCCACAGUCAUGGGUACGGGAAGAUUCCGGACGUAGACGGCCAACGAUUCGAAGACUCUGCAGCAGAAGAGCAUUUCCCAUCUUCAAAAUACCCACACAAACUAAAGACUAGCUUCGAUACAUCUGACGUCCUUGCGCUCUGGAAAGUGAACUUGGGAAACACAUCUGCCAACGGCACUAAAAACAAUGAAGGAUGCACUGAUGUGCGCAUCAGCACCGAUGCCGGAAACUUCUUGUGCGGCUUCAUCUACUACAACAGCUUGGCGCAUUAUUUUAAUAUCAAGGAGGAUGAGAGACCCGUCAUUUUCCUACAUGUCCCUGAUUUGAGCAGUAGUGAGGAUAAGCUAAAGGAAGGAUGGGAAACUACAGUCGCUUUGAUCAAAGCGCUAGUCGAGAGUAGACAGAAAUCAGGCGGCAAGGUCGUCGAUGGGGACAAGAAGGAUGGAGAACUGGAGAAUGGCAAAAAGGAAGAGCGGACGGACAAUAAUUUUGUAUAA